CAAAUAAAUAACCAAGCAUGCAGAUCUUCGUCAAAACCCUAACCGGAAAGACGAUCACCCUCGAGGUGGAGUCUUCCGACACCAUCGACAACGUCAAGGCAAAGAUCCAGGAAAAGGAAGGCAUUCCACCGGACCAGCAACGAGUGAUCUUCGCCGGAAAACAGCUGGAGGACGGCCGGACACUGGCGGACUACAACAUCCAGAAGGAGUCCACCCUCCACCUGGUCCUCCGCCUCCGCGGCGGCUCUAAGAAGCGUAAGAAGAAGACUUACACGACCCCGAAGAAGACCAAACACGAGAAGAAGAAGGUUGAGCUCGCCGUUCUCCAGCACUACAAGGUUGACGACUCCGGCGCCGUCCACCGCCUGAGGAAGGAGUGCCCGAACGACGGCUGCGGGCCCGGAGUUUUCAUGGCUAAUCACCCUGACCGGCGCAGCUGCGGCAAGUGUGGCCUUACUUAUGCUAUACCCGGAACCCGGGUGGUUUGAUUGGUUUAAUCGGUCAAUUAACCGGGCGGGGUUUUUCUUUGUUUGUUAUUAUUCUAGUCGUAGUUCAGUAAUGUUGGAUUGAUUAAGAUAUUUCCGGGUUUUUUUUUAAAAAAAAAUUGGGAUGGAAUAUUUUGCAAUUUUGUGUUUUGGUUGAUAUUCAAUUUUUUUAUUUUUUUAUUUUUUAUGUUUAUGAAUAAAAUUUCCCAGAA